GCAGAGAUUUAUUGACAUCUCUCCUCUUUCUUCUCUUGCUACAUCAAAAUUCUUCAGCCAUGUUGGGCAACAGACCCCGUCCGGUCAUCGGAAAGCUCUCGGCUUUACUGGUUUCUCGCAACCGUACCAGUUUUUUGGAUAUGGGUUCCAGUCCGAGAGGCCCGUUAGACUUGAAAAUUCAGUCGCCAAGAGGUGUAAAAUGUUAUGAUGUAGGUGGGGUUGGAUUGGGAAUUGUUGCUGCACUGGAUAAGUGCAGUAGUAAUGGCGAUGGGGGUGCUGUGUUUAGCCCAGCAGGUUUGAAUAAAUCGAGUCCGAUUCCGGUGAGUUCAUCAGGCAGAGCUUGUGAUAGAUGUGAUGUGGAGAUGGAGAGCUUGGAGGAUUAUACUUAUGUGACUUGUUACGAACCAAAUAAGUCCUUCACGAAGGUUUACUACGACGGCGGUGAACGGAAAAGAAGCGGCGGAGAUGGUAGAAUAAUUGAGGAAUCGCCGGCGAGAGUUGUUGUGGAAGAGAUUUCAGUUUACCCCACUUCAGACUUUAUGAGUUCUUGUAAUUUGUGCAGGAAAAAACUCCAUGGCAAAGACAUAUACAUGUACAGAGGAGAGAAGGCAUUUUGUAGCAGUGAGUGCCGAUCGAGACAAAUAAUGAUGGAUGAGAGAAAAGAACAGUGCAGAUCGGAGGUUUCUAGGUCUGCAGAUAUGUCAAGUUCCCCUUACACAAGAGAUCACAUCUUCUCUACUGGAAUUCUUGCAAUUUAGACUCUUUACACUACAUAUAUAUAUAUAUGAGAAUUACUCGGCUCUCUAAUAUUAACCAAAAAAAGAACAAGAAGAAUUCCAGCUCCGGUAGUAGCAGUAGAGAUGAUGUUGUAAUGAGAUAAUAAAGUUUGAUAUGAACUGGAGUUUUUUUAUUUAUCUUGUUUAUGGAAAUUAUCAGAGGCCUGGCGGGUAGAUGGGUUAAAGAAGAAGCAAGAACAAAUUGUUUCUGGAAGCCAUUUGUAACGAAUUUAGUUACUGAAAAUUUUGUCUUGUUGAAUAACAUAUAACUUUGUUCUCGUCUU